AUGGUCUGGUCCUUUUGGAUCACGACUAGCAUGUUUACGCCCGGUGUUGGGGGAACUACCAAAAAAAUCAACGACACCUGGAUGUCACUGACAAGAAAUGACUAUCAGGAAGACCUAGAACAGCUACACGCAAAAAUUGUCUCGGCAGACACUCGAGCCGGUAUAUCAAGCAUUGUGAUUUCUCGUGAUCCUGAACGACAGACCGUCCCGUCGAAUUGGGUGAUGAUCUCGCGAGUCGCAACUAAGGUACAUCGAUACUGUCCGUUGUGA